AUGGCCCAAGAAUUGACCAUCGAGAACUGGGACCCUCUCGAGGGAACGCCCGAUUUGACGGGCAAAGUCGCAUUCAUCACCGGCGGAAACUGCGGCCUAGGCCUCAUGACCGUCAAGUUCCUCGCGCUGCGCGGCGCAAAAGUCUAUCUCGGGACCCGUGACAAGGGCCGCACGCAGACCGCCAUGUCCGCAUUGCUGGCGCAGAAUGGCGCCAUCAAGGCGGCGCAGCUGCACCAGGUCCAUCUCGACUUGGCCGACGUCACGACCGCAGUCCGCGCCGCAGACGCCUUCAAGAAGCAGGAGUCUAGGCUCGACAUUCUGAUUCACAUGGCCGCGGCGACGGGCAACCCACGCCGUACGAAGGACGCAUGGGAGUCGCACAUUGCCGGCGAUUUCGCAUUCCACUUCCUCUUGACGAACCAGCUCCUGCCCCUCCUCAAAGCCACGGCCCGUCUACCGGGGGCAGACGUCCGCAUCGUCGGCCUCACCUCCGGCGCCGCAUCCAGCUUCCUGCCCGCGGGCUACAAGCCGAACUUCACGUCCCGCGACGUCCUCGCCAACCCGGCCCCGUACUACCCCUGGGCCUGGCGCUGGCUCACGAGCAGGGUCUUCGUCCUCGACAUGAUCCUCUACUCCAUCGGCAAGAUUGCCGGCACGGGCUUCAUCCGGGCACUGCAGCGUCGGCUCGACGAGGAAGGGGUCCCGGUGCUCUGCACAUCGAUCCAUCCUGGCGAGGUGCGCACCGAUAAGACGGUUGGGUCGAUGGUGCCGUGGCUUGCGUCGCUUGUGGACGGCAACUUCUUGUCGUUGGAGGAGGGGUCUGGGCACACUAUUUUCGCGGCAGCGGCGCCGCAGUUGAGAGAGGAGGAGGCAAAGUACAAGGGGCAGUAUCUUAUGCCGCUUGGCAAGGUUGCGAAGCUGCAUCCACUUGUUGAGAAUGAUGAGCAGAUUCAGGGGCUGUGGCAGAACUCUGAGGCGGCUAUCAACAAGGUAUUGGCGGAGCAGGGAUUGCAGGAGAUGUUGCCUUGGUAG